GUUCGAAGGGAGGAGCAGCGAGGGGCUCUUCGCCGCUUCUUUCGUGUCUUCCUUGGACCUCGGCGCCGUGAAGCGCGGGGAAUCUCAUUGAUUGACGGGGAGCGGAGGCAGAAGUAGAGGGCAAUGGCGGGUCAGGUGGUUCUCUCGGCUGUGCUUCUGAUGAUCGUUCUUGCAGUUCAGGCAAGUGCGCAGGCUCCGCCGCAGGUGACYAUCAGCUAUGUCACCUACGCAGGCUCGGGCUGCAAUUAUGAGAACACCAACUACGUGCUGUCGAACGACUACAAGACGGUCACCUUCAUGUUCGGCGGGAUGGUUGCGACCACGGACGGGUCGCUCGCGGACAAGAGGAAGCACUGCCAGAUGUCUUUCAAUCUGGUCUACCCGGAUGGCUGGAGCUUCUCCAUGGGUCAGGCCACGGGCCGCGGGUUCGCUGACAUCGCCAAGGACUCCGCGGGCAUCUAUGAGUCACACUACUACUUCUCCGGACAAACGGGUACGGCGAGGAUCGAGCGAAAAAUCGAAGGCCCGAAGGUCGGCAGCUUCGAGUUCACGGACGACUUCCUGACGUUUGUCUGGAGCGAGUGCAACAACGCACCCAACCUGAACAUCAAGACGGUGGUGAGAGUCGAGGGCGCGAAGGCUGUGAUGGCGCUGGACUCCGUCGAUACCAAGUUCCAGCUCAUCUUCAACAUCCAAUGGAGGCAGUGUCCGCAGAACUGAGAACCCCAUUCACCAUCUCGCACUCAGAGAAACUUGGAACGGACAACAUUUUUGGUGCCAAACAUGGAAAAAACAUGUUUUUUUUGCAAUUAGCCCUUCACUGGGUAACACACACACACACACACACACACCCCUCGACGCGCGCGCGCACACACACACACGCACACAAAAACAAACAAACAAACAAACAAACAAACAAACAAUAUCUCCUUAUAAGUCGGGAAAAGUCUGACGAAACAGUCUGGCGAAGUGAUGUUUUUUUAUAAUAUAGACGAUAUACAACAAACACCCACAUGUUAUGAUCCUGGCCCUUUUCGAAGUACACAUUCAUCAGAUAGUAAAAUGCCCGUCCAAUU